CACUCGCACAGUCGCACCCAUAACUGUCCCUUCGUCCUUCCCUCUCAAAUUCUCAUCCAUUCCCGCCCAUAAUUCCCAAAUCGCUCUCUCUCUCUCUCUCUCUCUCUCUCUCUCUCUCAAAGCAAAGCAAUGGCGGCCUCACCAUCUCACUACGAUGUUCAACUCCUUCCUGCUCCGGAACCUGAAUCUCAGCUCUCAUCCCUCGUCUACGAUUUGUCACAACAACUCCAAGGGGCAAUGGAGAACAUGCUUAAAAUGAUUAAUGAAGUUGAUCAAAACUCUGCUGGAAUAAUGGAAGAGAUAGAGAAGUGCAAAGAUUCUGCUCUUGAGAGGAAGAGAAUUUUGGAGGAAGAGAAGCAGCGAUUUCAGAAAGCUGCUUACACUGUCUUAGGCAUGCUUGACAACAGAGAUUAGAAACUGUUGUUGUUGGAAGUGUAUAGAAGAGAAAAACCGGUCUGUUUUGUUGAGAAAGUAUGGACUUUCAUUUUAUUUUGGCUGGAUACAUCUUCUUGUAGAUACAGUCUGAGCUAUCAGCAAUCUGUCAAAUGCUAUGUUUUGCAAGUUUUGAUUCACCCUUUGCUUCAAGUGCAGAACAGAUCUCAUGAUGGUGAUUUCCAAAAUUCUUGGUUUGUGCAAAGUAAACAUGUGACUUCCUCUUUACUUUUCUAAAUAUUCUUUGGUUCACUAUGAUGUCAUAUGAAUGAAUUUACUGCUAUAUGUAAUGAUUAGAAUGUACAGGUGGUAGAAUUUCCAGGAAAAUUAUUUUUGUCUUGCUCUACAUCUACACAUAUUAAACUGUGAAUCUGUUACCAUCUUGGUUGUCUUUCUUUUUUUAUACAA